AUGUCAGAUGCCAGAAUUUCAGUGGAUCAGGAUGAGUUCCUGUGUCCAGUGUGUCUGGAUCUCCUGAAGGAUCCGGUGGCCAUUCCCUGUGGACACAGUUUCUGUAAGAUCGGUAUUACAAGCUGCUGGGAUCAGGAGGAUGAGAAGACAGUCUACAGCUGCCCUCAGUGCAGACAGACCUUCAGUCCAAGACCUGCUUUAGCUAAAAACACCAUGCUGGCUGAAGUGGUGGAGAAACUGAAAAAGACUAAACUUCCUGAUGACUGUUACGCUGGAGCUGGAGAUGUGCAGUGUGACGUCUGUACAAGAAGAAAACGCAAAGCCGUCAAGUCCUGUCUGGUGUGUCUGAACUCUUACUGUCAGAAUCACCUUGAACAACAUGAGAGUUGGUUUAAAGGAGAGAGACACAAUCUGACUAAUAGGCUCUACUCAACUCUACUCAACUUUACUUCUCUUUCCCGCGAGCUAAAAAAAAAAUUGGCAAAAGAACUUUUAAGUUUAAGGCUCCAGCAGAUUGUAAUAAUCUAUCUGUGGAAAUAA